AUGCCUAAUACACAUAUUAACAGCAGUGGUGUGCAGCUGGAAGCAAGCAUAGUGAGUGUAAAAAUUCCCCCAUUCUGGAUUGAUAGACCAGAGAUAUGGUUCUAUACUGUUGAAGCCAAAUUUAAAAUUGCAGGAAUUACAUCACAAGAAACUAAAUUUAACUACUUAGUAGCUCAGCUGGAUCCUAAGUUUGUAAAAAAUAUAUGGGACAUUAUCAAAGAUGAAACUGCAACGAAAUAUUCAGCAGCAAAAGAAAGGCUAACAAACUUAUUUAAAGAGAGUGAAAAUAAGCGCAUUAAAAGAUUAUUGGCUGGUUUAGAACUUGGCGAUAUGAAGCCAAGUCAAAUGCUGCGAAAGAUGAGAACACUUGGCGAUAAUAACGAUGUAUCUGAGAAAGUGUUACGCACUCUAUGGAUGGAAAAGUUGUCUGACACAGUCAAAAAUAUCCUGAAAGUCUGGAAAAAUUAG